AUGGGCCACCAAGUUAGCUUCACAUUCUUCUUCCAGAUCGAGUGCACGGGUGGCCUCCAAACAUUCUUGCACCAUCUGAUCUUGCAGGGUUUCCAGAGCCUGGAGAAAAUCCAGGCCAGCGUGGAGGGCCUUUUCCGGCUCGGCAUUUGGCUUGGGGUUAGCGAAAUAUGCCUAGUGAUGGACUGUGGCAGCUCUCUUCUCGGCGGGGGCUUUGACACAGCAGCCGCCGAGGUCAUAUAUGCCGCUGGUUGCGAAUGGUGCAUGGCCUCAGGCUGGGUGGAAAAGGGCGACUGGCUUUGA